AUGCGCACGGACUACAAGCCUGAGGAAGUGCAAACGGACAUACUGCCUCUCUUUGAUUCGAAGACAUUCUGGAAACAGCUUUCGUACAAAGCGCAGACGCAAUUGCUACCUCAGCUUGUACCUAAGCCACUCAACGUCACCUCUCCUACCAAGAAAAAACUACCAGCUGACGGUGCGUUCCCGAAAAUCUUCCCAGUCCCUAGCACCAAAGACGAAGCAAAAUCGCAGCUUCGAAUAUUGAGCAAUCAGCCACACGCCCUCACUCCGAUGACUUCCGCGGCGAACUCACACGCACUCCUUAAAGCACCUCAGCGGCCCACAAUCCCCAAGAACAAGGAUAAACUCAACGCCUUCCAAAAGAAGUUGUUAGAUCUGUUGAAGCCUGUUGCAGAUCAAGAAAGUGUCACGCUCCCUCGCAAAGUGCGCCAGUUUCCAGAGAUCACCCUGACUUGUCCACAAGAAGAACCCGACAGUCCGCCUGCGUCGGCUUCUUCCCUGCCUAUGGAACAGAACCAAGUAGAUUCCGUUGUACAAUCAGACACGCCGAGCAGCAACAACGCGACGACCAGUCCCGCUACUGCAACUCAAAAGCCUUCCGACAGCACAUCUUCACCACCGAACGAUAGCCCCUCGACCGCCACAACACCUCAACAAAGCUCUCUCGAUACAAAGACACCAGUCCUACGGACUAUCGGAUCAAGUGAAAAUUGGCGUAACUCGCCUCCCGGGGCUCAAGAACGGUUCCGUGAAUUGGUAAAAACGAGUAAAGCAAGGCCAUACUACGGACGGUCUCCCAAUCCGCGGGCUAAGCCAGAGAUACUUCCCAACGGCACAAGGUCAUCUCCGCAUCCGUGGCCGGCCAGCUCUGGUGAGAGAAGGUCCAUGACUGCUGUAACGCUACCAGUACGUGGUAGGCCGGCAAAUCCUCUUCCGGAAAGCUCGCUACGGUGGACGUUUUACAACUUCCAGGAACUUGACCGGGAGAUUGAGGUCGAGACUUAUCUGUACGGUCGGCGCGGUGAUAUUCCAGUCGCCUUGAAGUCUAAUAUCCGUACUGUUAUCGAUCCUGCGCUGUCUGAGGAAGAGCAGAUGGCGCGCAACCGGGAGUGUUGCCGAGGUAUGUUCGGGAGUUUUGCGGAGACGAAUGAGGAGGCGCGGAGUGUGGAGUGA